UUUCGCUUGUCAACAAUAUUCUCUGUGCUCACCAAAAUCCGUUUAUUUUGUUUCGUUUUUAGUUAGUCCGUUUAGAUUUUAAGUACUGUUUAUUGUUUUUUAAGUUGAUAAGGGCAAAUGUGUAACACAUAAAUUGAAAAAUUGAUCAUUUCAAAAUUCGACUGAAAGUUAAUCUCUCAAAACGCGUCAUUAUCGUUGUCAAUCAUCAGUUGAUCGACACGAUGAACGCUCAGUUAAUACUCAAGCAGUUCCCCAGUCAUAUAUUAUUCAGGAUUCUGCAUUAUUCGCUGAUAACCCUGCAACUACGCGACGAAUUAGAAGGGGGUGCACCAUUUGGAAAAAGAGGGACACUAGCACCGCGUAGUUCACUGGAGUGGCAGCCACUUUCCUUGUGGUUAGCCAAUAUUUUGAUGACUUAUUCGGGAGACAUAUUGGGUAAUCUUUUCCUUGGCACGCUACCUUUGGAACCUCUUUGCAAUGCUCACGAUGUGCUUUUCUGUUCCUUUAUUUGGUACAUCAUCUUCUUCUGUCCCUUGGAUUUGGGUCAUGCAGUGGCCCGUACAGUUACAUUUCGUGUCCUAGCUGCCACUAUGACGGCCAUUAGCCAAGUUGUGAUCAUUGAAAAGGGUGUUCAGCUAGCGGGAAGUGUAUACGGCAAUGCUUCCAUUCCAAUGCUGGUAGCGGGAACCAUUAUGGGUAGUGGAGCAGAACUCCUAAGGCCGGUGGCAUCGCUUUUAAUUAAUAAGUGUCAGGGCAACAAUCACGCCUAUGUCAAAUUGAGCACCAACUCAAAGCUGGCUCUAAUGAUUUCCUGGCUUUAUGUGCUCGAGACUAAUCACAAUCAUUUGAUUUUAGGUCUGACUCGUCAUCAAUUGCAGGGUUAUUUACUGAUUCUCUUAAUCACCUUCAAGUAUUUGUCAUUGGCCUAUCGAACUGACCAUUUAAUCUGGCUAAUCGAAUCCCGUAUAUGUUACACUUUUUUCGGUGGCUUAUAUUCAGAUUUAAGCAAAUUUUUUAAUCGUCAAACGGCGUCGCCUGGUGAUGAAAUCAGACGGCGACGUUGGGCGUUUAAGAAAUUUGAUUGAAACUACAUACAUUGCACAACCUUUGGAACAGAACAAAAUGGAUGGGUGGCAGUGAUACUGGCGACGGUUUGCCGAUGUGGCCAAUAAGCGGCUUAGGUUACCGCCACUUCACUCAUGCGAUGGACAAUUAGCUGAGGCUGAUAUUUUGCUUCAUUUGCCUGAGCGCGCAGGUUUGUGCUAAGUUCAGUUUACGUAACUUGAUUACUAUUUCAUGCUAAGCAGCUUAGUGACGACCGAAGAAGAUAGAGUGUAAUUAGUGUGGCAGGAGCUUGCUUAAUAUUUGUUUGUCGGCCAAAUUAUAUUUGAAAAUAAACUUUGAAAUUAUUUUAGUCA